AUGGAACCCGCCCUAGCUGCUCCGGGGUCUGGAGUAACGGAGCCUUCUGCAUCUUCUGAUACUCGUUCUGAUACCAAGACACCUCCUGUCACCGUCCCAUCCGCAUCCGCAACUUCUGCUGCAACCUCAGAUUCUUACUAUUACCCUAUCGAUAAUAACGCCGACUCCCGUCCCUCUUCUUCAGCUUCAGUCCGUUCGUCGUCUCAACUUCAACAAGUUAUUGAAGAAGGAAAGGAGGAUCACUCGCCUGCUCCGCGAUCUUCUGCCGUUCACGCUCGAUCUCAGACGGUCGACGUCCUGCCCGGCUCGUCCUCCGACUCCGGCCCCGGCUCUGUUUCGUCGCCCUCCGCUUCCGUUCAUUCGUUUGGGACUAUCAAGCGCAAACCUCUGUCUUCGUCGGCAUCGGCACUUGCUCUGCGCUUCUCGUCAUCUGGAUCACCACUGCCGUCACCGAUUGAUCUGCCAUUGCCGAGUCAGAGGUUCGCUAGACCUUGUUCCGUCGACAGUCCUACCUUUUACGAGUUCUCUUCCGCUUCUCGCGACGGGCCGCCAACUGCCCAAGCUCCCAACGCCAACCUGGCGUCCCUUGCCGCGACAACCCCUGGAACACAGAACAUUCCAGGACACAGCCCUACUGUAUCUAGCUCCGACUUCUCAGACGUCCUGGAUGGGUAUGAUGAUUUGAUAUCCGACUCGAAAUCAGAAUCUGGACCAGACGUCACCCGCGAGACUAUCCUUGAUGACAGCGAUACCGAAGACGACCAAUACAACAAGAAAGACAAAGAGAUCCAAAAGAUUGAUUCGAGCGACAAAGAAACUAUCAUCGUUCAUAAAGACGCCGAGACAACAGAAUCGAAGGAGCAGACCGAACAAGACGCUCAAAGAGCCAAGUCCCCUUCAUCCGAUCAUACUAUAUCCAAACCGACAUUGGCUCCCGCUCCCAUGUUUGUUCCAAAGCCAACUCCACCACAUCUCCAGCUCGACAAGGUCACAAUUGACGUUGCGAACUACGACGAAUCCCCGGAUGAUCCCAAUACACCAUCGGGCCAAAAUACAUCACCUCAGCUCAAUAAGCCCUUGCCUAGAUCGCCAGGCCAAAACUCCCCAUUUGCUUCUUUGUUCAACUGGGCAGCGCCCUCACCCUCGCCUUCUGCGACGGAAUUUUCGUCUGCAUAUUCGCCGAUAUCACCAUCAAAAUACGGCGCAGCCAAUGAUACGGUUAGCAACCCUCAAUCUACCAUUCAAGAAGAUACCGCUAGCUUGACGGAGAUCUUGACCUAUCGUAACUCAUACUCAUCGGUUUCACAGUCCCCAGCCUACGCGCAAAUUGACGAAAUGGAAGACGAACUAAAAGCCAUCAGCGCCGAGCUGGCAAGCUCUAUUCGGCGCGAGAUGGAUCUAGAAGAUCUAGUCGACCGUCUCCAAGAACAAAUCGGCAACCCUCAAGCUCCUGGCAAGAGGUCAAGCGAUUAUUACUCCGAUUCAGGUUAUAGCUCGGCUAAGAUGAGCGAGGCCGAGCCUAGUCGAGAGGAACUUGAAAAGGUUCAAAGGAGGUCGGAACAAGAGAAAGCUUCUAUAAGAUUAGAACUUACAAACAAGCUACAAGAUGAAAGAGGACGACGGAAGGAGCUGGAUCAGCAGAUUAAGGAGCUUGCUGAAAAGGCGUCGCAAGUCGACCUCGCCCAAAUGAAUAACCAGGACGCCAGCGGCCGACUAAAGGACCUCGAGACCACCUGCGGCGACCUUAGGAGGCGAUUGUCCGAGGAGCGCGUUGUUAAGAACAACUUUGAGGACCUCAUCAACGCUAUCCGAGGAGAGCUCCACGAGGCAACCAGCGAGAGAGACAACCUCCGCGACGAGGUUGUUCCUCAACUCAGGGCUCGAGUUGAGGGUCUCGAGAUCGAGGCUGCUGAAUACGCAAACCUGACCUAUGAAUCCUCAAAGAUGCAGCAGGAACUCUCGAUGCUCAGGAAAGAAUAUGAUGUUAUGCGAGGCGGAUCCAGAUCUGGUUCUCCUACACCGUCGAUCAACCGCAUGUCUCGCGCCAUGUCUGGUGGUUUCGGCGGCGGCCUUGCCAGAUCCAAUUCGGUUGCGACUGGCUCGUUCCGUGCCCAGCGUCCUUCAGGCCUUUCCAGGUCCAACAGUGUUAAGAAUGUUCAGACUGAGUCCAGAGAAGCUCUUUCUGAGAGAUUAAAGGACGUUGAGGCUCAACGAGAUGCCCUCCACAGCGCACUGAAGAACCUUCUCGACCGCCAGGAGUUCCAAAACCGUGAGAACGAGAAGAAGAUCAGAUUACUCCAGGCCGAGCGGGAGAGACUUCUUGGAGCAAACCCACGAAAAGCAGGUUUUGAGCGAGAGAUCUCAAACCUUCGCACCGAGAUCAACGUUCUGCGACGCCGAGCCGAGGAUGCUCUCAUGCAAAAAUGGCAAGUAGAGGACGGUCUUGGUAGUCUGAAGAUGGAUCUUGACAAGGCCGAGCAAGAGAUCUCUAUGCUUCGGGAGUUGUUGGAGGAGAAGGAUAUCCUCAUUCCUCCCUCUUUCGCUCGCUCAAGCGGCUCUAGUACUGGUAGCAACUCGUUCGGAAGCACCCCAGUAACAUCUGAAUCGCUUUCAAAGGCAUAUGAACAACUGCAGGCCGCUUAUGCUGAAUCGCUUGAGCGCAUCAAGGAACUCGAGCAUGAGACUGGAGCUGAUGAGAGGACCCAGCUUGCUGUCGAGCGACUCGAGCGCACACUCUCUAUUGCAGUCUCUGAACGCGAUGCCGCCAAGCAUGAAGUUGACAGUCUCAGAAACCAGUACGACUCUAUGAGCGAGUACGAGAGUAAGACCAUUGAGAGCGAACGCGCUCUUGCUGACGAACUCAACGACUCCGCUCGCCGAGUUGGAGAGCUUGCAUCUCAAGUCCAGCAGCAGCUCGCUGCCAACGCACAGCUCCGAGAACGCCUUUCUAAUGCUGUUGCCCGAGGUGACUCCAAUCGCAAGAGCAACUCGGAUCGCAUUGCUGGCCUCCAAGUUCGCCUUAAGUCCAUGGAGGACCAACUUGUUGCUGCUCAGACAGCAUCUGAGGACAGGGUCAACCGUCACGAGGAGGAGAUCGCUGCUAUUCGCGAUGCUCACAAUGCUCAGCUUCAGCGCAUGAGCAGCAACGCCAGCUUUGGUCCUCGAUCUCCCAGUUUCCAGGCCAACCGCAAGCCAUCGCUGCUCAGCCCUCUAUCCCCUCGAUUCCCUGGCUCGUUACGAUCCCCUCAGCUCACUGAGAAGUCUUUCGAGGAAGCCGCGCAGAUGGAUAUGCUCCGCAAGCGCGUGACUGAGCUAGAGACGGCUCUCGAGGACGCCGAUAAGGAGAUGCAGGAUGUCGUCGCCAGAAUGAGCACGGCUCAGAUCGAAGUCCUGACUCUCCAAGAUGAGCGAGAGGCCGCUGUUCGUGAAACACGACGCCUGCAAAAACUCCUCGAGCAGGAGCAAAUGAAGUCUUUUGAGGACCGAUUCAAGACGCUUAGUGGCAGCGCCUGA